AUGAAAUGCACCUGGUGUGCAGGCACCCAGACUCGGGGUAGCGGGCACCUUGACCCCUUGAGUCAACACGUUGAACGCGUGUGUCAGCUUCAAGCUCCCCUUGAUCCCAGCGAUCCCCUGCAUGUGGCCCUCACCGAGCUGUGUGCCGACUGGGCCUCCCCAUCGCCCUUGGCCUCCUUUGAAGCCCCCGCACCGCCACCACCGGUGGCCACCCCACCCCCCACACCGCGGCAACCCUUGCCAGAGUCGCUCUGGACCAACCAGGGAUUGACAGCCCAGGUAGGGGCUCAGGACCCUGUCGCUUUGGCCUUGGAUCGCGCCUCACGGUCCGUCCAUGCGGGGAUCAAAGCCACGCCAGCGCCCACUCAACAGUGCACAUGGGCCUUGGUUCCUUGGACCCAAGGUACUGGUGCCCUUGAGCUCGACUACGGCGAAAGCGACGACCAGGGUGGCGAGCCUCUCAACCCCGACGGCACCGGCCCUCUCCAACCCGCCACUGUCCUCGUCAUCGGCCCCAAUUGGACCGCCGACUGCAACGCUUCCGCACCCUGGCUCGCCCUCGAGCAAUCCGGCCAGAGCCCUUGGCUCAUUCUCAACGCCGAUCCCGAUACCUUCCUCGCCGCCCUCGUGGCCUUUGACCUGCUGGACCACCUGGCCCACCUCGAUGCCCUCUACAUUACCGUCCCCUCCAGUGCACCAUCUGCCACCAACUCUUCCAUCCAUCAGCUCCUGGCCCACACCAACCUCACUACCUUUGGCCUUCGUGCCCAGAAUGGCCGCCUUGUCCUCCCAGACCCCAACCACCAUCCUGCCCUUGCGGCCCUCGACCUUCAGAGCAACACCCUCACCACCCUGCCCCCUCACGCCCUGGACGCCUUUUCUCAACUCAUCGUCCUGGACCUGGCCUACAACAACCUCACCAACCUACCCCCAAACCUCUUUGCCCAUCAAACCCACCUCUGGCUCCUCGACCUCACUCACAAUCAGCUUGCCUUCCUCCCCGAUGGCACCUUCCAAAAUCUCUCCACCCUUGCCGCCCUCGGUCUUGCCCACAACCGCCUCCUCGCUCCCUUACCCGAGACCCUCUUUCAACCCUUGACCAAUCUCCUUGCCCUGCGUCUCGCCCACAAUGACCUCGCCGCCCUCAGCCCCCAGGCCCUGGCCGGCCUCUCCCAGCUCGGCAUCCUUGACCUUGCCGCCAACGCCCUCACGGCCCUACACCCCAUGCUCCUCGCCGACCAAACACAACUGCAACAACUGAGCCUGGAGAAGAACGAGCUCGUCGCCCUGUCUGGCCCCAUUUUUGCCUCCCUCUCCCAGCUCAUCGCCCUCUCCCUCGACUCCAAUGGCCUUACCGCCCUUGAUCCCGCCCUCUUUCGAAACCUCACCAACCUCCAAUCUGUCACCCUGGCCCACAAUGUCCUGACCACACUUGCUUCAGAUACCUUCGCCGCCAUGCCCCAGCUGAGCGCGCUCGACCUCACCGGCAACCUACUCACGGGCCUCCCCGCGGAUCUCUGGGCUCUCAACCCUGCCCUGGCACAAAUCACCCUGAGCGACAAUCGCCUCACGGCCCUCGCAGACGGCAUCUUUGCCGCCCAGGGCCAACUGUACAACCUCUACCUCAGCGACAACGCGCUCACGGCCCUGCCCGACCAAUGCUUUCGCGCCACCUCACAGCUCGUCACGCUCUACCUCCAUCAGAACCAACUCACAGCCCUGUCGGUCGACACCUUUGCCCACACCCCCGAGCUCAACAUCCUCGACCUCUCGACCAACCUGCUAUCCGCCCUCCCGAGUGGUCUGUGGUCCAACCUGGCCCAACUCAACUCGCUCGACCUCAGCAACAACUGGCUCAACACCCUCGCACUCGACUCUUUUGCUGGCCUCUCGAGCCUGGGCAGCCUCAGCCUCGCCUGGAACCAAAUCACCACCCUGCCUGCACACGUCUUUGAUCACGUCCCCAAUGUCUUCAGCCUCGUCCUUCAAGGCAAUCAGCUGUCCACCCUUCCUGCUGGUCUAUUCGACAAAACUCCCUCGAUCAUGAGUCUAUCCCUGCAGAAGAACCAACUCACCGCUCUUCCAGCCGGCCUCUUCAAGGCGUGCACGCAAAUGGACACCCUCUUCCUCAUGUCGAACCAGCUCACCACCUUGCCUCCGGGUCUCCUCGCCCCCCUUACCAGUCUUCACGACCUCGACUUUAACAGCAAUCAGCUCACCACCCUUGCACCGGACACUUUUGCUGGCCUCACUCAAUUGUACCGACUCCAGCUCACCGAGAAUCGCCUUAGUGUGCUCGACCCAGCCACGCUUGCCCCCUUGACCCGGCUUUACAAGCUGAGCCUGGCUCAGAACCCCCUUCAGCAGCUGAACAGCUCUGUCCUUCCGAAGAGCCCCGAACUGCUCACUCUCGAUCUGAGCGACACGCUGCUGACCACCUUGGCGCUCGACCUGCGUGGGUACCCCCUGCUCCAAGAACUGCACCUGGCUCGCAAUGACUGCCCGGCUACUUACCAGGUGGAUGUGCAGGUGCCUGCUUCAGCACCAUUGACCGUGCUCACGCUGACCGGUGCUGCUGUCACGGGGCUGACCUGGUCCGACUGGCCCAGUCUGACCCUGUUGGCUCCCGGCCUACUGGGCUCAACGCUCGCCACCCCUCUCCUCAACUUGAGUGCUUUACCUCACCUCACGCAACUCGAUAUCAGCUGUUGGCCACACGCCGCCACCCUUGCUCUGGCCUUUGCGCCCACUCCAGAAGCUGAGCUCAGACAGCUGGACGUGCAUGCCAUGCCCCGCCUCACCGCGUUGCAAAUCGAUGGUUUUCAUGGCACAUUGGAGAGCUACAACGUCUCAGGCAACCCAGUGCUGGCCCGGGCAACCAUGCUGAACGCCAGCGUCUUUGACUUGUCGCGCACAAGACUGCCCCUGUCGCCGCUGCUCUGCGCCCGGACCGGCACCGCGCUGGUCAGUGUGGCGAGCAAUCAAGAGGAUGCGCUGCCGUGGGCCAACUUGCUUCGGCAGUGCAUCCGCGCGGGCACCAAGGUUAUCGACCUCUCCAACAAUUCCAUCACCAGUCUUCAGGCAGUCACGUCGGUCCUUGGCGAGCACCUGUAUGUCGGCAACACGUGGGCCGAUGGCUGUGCUGCCACAGACAGUACGGGUCAGAUUGUGUGCAGCCUGAACGAUGUGCCCUCCGUCUUUCUGCAAAACAGCCCGCUGCAGUGUGCGCUGCGGCCGACUAGCUCGCAGGGUGUCAUGCCAGAUACCAGCCAGGUUGUGCAAAGCACCGAUGGCUUUGGCGGGCAUCGGUUUUUCUGCGAGUGCUCACCAGGCUACCAAGCGCCCAACGGCACCCAUUGCCUGCCUAUACCGCACCACACGCCCUUGGUUCAGCGCCCGUGGUUUGUGGCCCUCAUGACACUCGUGGCCGUAGGCCUCCUGAUGCUGAGCACGGUGGGCUUGCACAGGUGGCAAGCCCGGCGCAUGCGACGCCUGCACGAGGCCCAUGAGCUAGAGCGGCUUCUGCUUGCUGAGACGUAUCAUGACGAGAUUGCCGAGCUGAAGCAAGCCUGGCGAAUCCAGCGCAGUGAGCUUGAGCUCUUGAAGCGCAUUGACGGAGACUCACCUGGUGCCUUUGGCGAGGUCUGGGGUGCCCGUUGGCAGGACUUGGAGGUCUGUGUCAAAAUCCUCAAUGCAUCGGCUGCAGCCAACUUUGCAGCCGUGCAAGAUUUUGAGAAGGAGCUCGACUUUUUGCAGCGUACACGCCACCCGCAUUUGGUGCGGUUCUUUGGAGCGGGCGAGGGGGACUUUGGCGCCCAACGCCAGAUUCCCUUCCUGGUCUUGGAGCUUGUGAAGCAAGGUUCGCUGCGCUCUGUUUUGCGCGGCAGCCAGCCCCGCGACCUGUCAACGGAGCAACGAGUGCAGAUUUUAGCCGAUGUGGCAUCGGGGCUGGCGUAUCUCCACCAAUUGGGCCACGCCCACCGAGAUAUCAAGGCGGGCAACGUGCUGGUGACGGAGCAAUAUCGAGCCAAGGUUACAGAUUUUGGCUCUGUCAAGCUGCGCGAGCGCCUGGUUGGGGUCAAUGCCAGUCUGACCAAGCCAGGGAGCGAUGUUGCGAGCGACGCAUCUCUGGGCUCGGUGGGACGUGAUUUGCUGGUUGAGAACAUGGAGGCAAGUCUGACGCAGAGUGGAAUGGCUGGCACGCCUCUGUACAUGGCUGUCGAGGUCCUGGCCACGGCGUGCAACGGUGGCCUUCCCGCAGACGUUUUUUCCUUUGGCGUGCUGAUGUGGGAAGCCCUGACCAGCCAAACACCUGAUUUGCUGGCGCAAGAGUACGGCGGCCCAGACAAGUACAGGGGGCCCCUCCUCACUGGACUGUGGCGCCUUUUGGAUGCUGGCAAGCGCCUUGAUCCAGCAGCCGUGACAUCGGCGCGGCCAGAUGCCCCAGACUUGUUGAUCACACUCAUGACGAGCUGCUGGGUGGCUGCGGGUACGACUGCUACGAAAGCCAAGCCCAGCCCGCCCACUGGAUCGAGCAAGGCCGCCCGCAAGUCUGCCACUGCACAAGCACACGGCCAGGCCCAGGCUCAAGCGAGCCCAAACAAGGCGCCGCGCUUGAGGCUCAAACGACUCACGCGCCCAACGCGUGAAUCAAAGCCAUCUGUGCGCAAGCCUAACGUACCCACCAUCAUCACCGCCGAAGAUGCGGCUCCCUUUGCCAACAUGCUUGCACACAAAUCCUCACGCAUCCGCAGCUCAGCCAGUCAGCCUCUCUUCGUCAUGGACCCUCGUCUUGCAGACUUGAUCGCUGCCCACUGUGAUGUGGAAGGUCGCCACGUAUACGAGCAAGCCGCAGGAGCUGGUCUGCUCACUCAGGCUUUUUUGCAGCACGGUGCCGCCUUUGUAACGGGAUGUAACAGCUCAAGCAGCCGCCUUAAUAUCGAUCCAGACUGCUUUGAACGUUUGACAAACGCCUUUCCCAAGCACUUGUCCGUCAUCAACGCCCAUCUUUCAGUGCUUGGCUACCAUCAAACAACUCCGGAAGCCGUGAAAGAACACGAAGACAAUGUGCUUGCUGCACGCCAAAAGGACUUGCCGCGCACGCUCUUCUUGUUUCUCCCGACCCACAACGGUCUCGGUUAUAUUACCAAUGUUUUAUACCAGCUGGUAGCCUUCGACUCGCCCUUCUCUUACAGGCAAUCGUGCAAGUUUUAUUGUCUAUUAAACCGCAAGUGGGCCCAAACCCUUGUCGCUGACCCGGGCCAAAGCCGCUUCACUCGCAUCACCGCUCUCACCAAGACGUUGUGCGACGUGCAUGAGCUUCGCGUGUUUCCUCGCCAGCUCUUUUCGCCACCCCUUGAUGUAUACAAGAAAGACGACACCAUGCACUUGCUUGAAAUUGCCCCCAAGGCCUCUUUACCAGACAGUGUGAGCACGCCAGUCGGCUUGGCCCGCUAUGAUGAAACUUUGCUGAAGCUAUUUGCGCCUAACCAAUUGCCCGUGCGCAAGCUGCUCGAGCCUUAUGUGGACAUGGAUGAAAUUCCAUCCGAGCUGGAGCCACUGCUGGAGCAACGCAGCAACAACUUGACAACCGACGAGCUGCUGCAAGUGGCACAGUUUGCCCUGGCCAAUGAGCUUUAG